CCCGCCCGCAGAGCCCGGGCCGGCGGCGGGCAUGGCGGCGGCGCGGGGCCGGGUGCUGUGCCUCUUCGACGUGGACGGGACCCUGACGCCGGCUCGGCAGAAAAUCGAGCCGGAGGUGGACGCGUUCCUGCGGGAGCUGCGGGAGAGGGUGCACAUCGGCGUGGUGGGAGGCUCCGACUAUGCCAAGAUAGCCGAGCAGCUGGGGGACGGGGACGAAGUCAUUGAAAAGUUUGACUACGUCUUCGCAGAGAACGGCACAGUGCAAUACAAGAAUGGGCAGCUGGUCUCCAAGCAGGCCAUUCAGGACCACCUGGGGGAAGAGCUGCUGCAGGAUCUGAUCAACUUUUGUCUCAACUACAUGGCAUUGCUGAAGCUGCCCAAGAAACGAGGAACCUUCAUUGAGUUUCGCAAUGGGAUGCUGAACAUCUCCCCCAUCGGAAGAAGCUGCACCCCCGAAGAGCGAAUUGAGUUCUCUGAGCUGGACAAGAAAGAGCGGAUCCGGGAGAAGUUUGUGGCAGCCUUGCAGAGGGAGUUUGCUGGCAAGGGCCUGCGUUUCUCCCGAGGUGGCAUGAUCAGCUUUGACGUGUUCCCAGAGGGCUGGGACAAGCGCUACUGCCUCAAUGUGCUCGACGACGAGAGAUUUGACACCAUCCACUUCUUUGGGAAUGAGACGACCCCUGGAGGGAAUGAUUACGAAAUCUAUGAUGAUCCCCGCACUGUGGGACACAGUGUCCAGUCCCCCCAAGACACGGUCCAGCGAUGCCGCGAAAUCUUCUUUCCAGAAAGAGCUAACGAGUGCUGACUGCCAGGUCCUUGCAGCCCUGUCCCGGUCCCACCCUCUCCCCCCACCAGGAAAAGCACCUUGAUUUGAGGAAUCUGCUCAGGGUAGACCAAAAAAACACUUUACAGAGCUGGUGAGGAUGUAACACGAGGUUGGGUGGGUGGCAGGAGGAGCCUUAGCUGAGCAGCCCUUUGGCACUCCCCAUCUGUGGCUAGAGGUCGUAGCAUCAGACCCUCCUUGCCUUCAGAGAAACUUCUCUCUUGACAGUUCAGCUGUGGUGGGAGGUGAUGCAGAUGCUUUUGUGGUUGGAAAGCAUUUGAAAGGGCCAGUCGAGAGCGUGUAUGUGUCCUCCCCGUGCUCCCUCUCCUCUCCUUUUCCACUCUGUUUCUCUUAACAGUUCUGCAUGAGGGAAUAUGCUUCUCAUCUUUCUCUCUCCCUUGCACCUUGGCCCAGGAGGCCAGGGCUGCUGAGGCAGCUGAGGCUGCUGAGGCUGCAGACAUUCACAGGAGCUGCUCCAAGGCAAGAAGCCAGGAAGGCUGUUUGCUCCAAGCCUUGGUAGGAAGGAAUAGUUGGGAUCCCAGCUUGUUGCACCAUUGUGCAUUCUAAUGGAGAGGUCACCAUGUCCUUGCCCUUGAUGCCACACUGUGCCAGUCCCUCCCUACAGGUGACCUGGGAACAAUAGUUUUGAAAUGACUGGGCUGCUGCUCUGAGCUUUGCUCGGGUGCAUGAAGAAACCAGUUCUUCUCUUUAGCUUAAAAAACCCCCCUAGUGUUUAUUUUCUAUAUUAUUAUUCUCUACGUUCAAGUCAGACCUUGCCUGGCAUGGCUGGAGGAUGCUGGCACCUGGUGUGUGCAGAGCAUGCUCUGGAACAGUUUGGGUUCAGAAGGCUUUCCAAUGGCCUUCCCAAUCCUGUGUCCAUUAGGUGUCACAGACCACAGAAUCACAGAAUUGUUAGGGUUGUAAGGGACCUCUGCAAAUCAUCUAGUCCAACCCCCUGCUAAGGCAGGGUCACCUAGAGCGGGUUACACAGG